GUAUCAAGCCCAGCUGCAAAAGAAUUUGAUGUAUUUAGCUGCAAUUGCUGAUGCCCAGCCACAGACACCAACAAUGCCUCCCCAGAUGGCCCCACAUCCUGCUAUGCAACAAGGAGCAUAUUACAUGCAACAUCCGCAGGCAGCAGCAAUGGCUCAGCAGUCGGGCAUUUUCCCCCAAAAGAUGCCAUUACAAUUCAAUAACCCUCAUCAAAUGCAGGAUCCUCAGCAGUUGCACCAAGCAGCCAUUCAAGGGCAAAUGGGAAUGAGACCCAUGGGGGCCAACAAUGGCAUGCACCCCAUGCAUACUGAGGCAACUCUUGGAAGCAAUGGCCCAUCUGCAACUGCAGGCUCUAAUGAUGUUCGUGGGGGAAGCAAACAGGAUGCCUCGGAGGCUGGGGCAUCAGGUGCUGAUGGCCAAGGGAAUGCAGCUGCUGGUCACAGCGGUGCAGAUGGUACUGAGGAUGCAAAAUGACAUGGCUUGGAGAGUGGUUCAAAAUGGAUAUAUCUGGCUGUUGAUAGUAGUCAUUGCUUACAGCAGAACUGUUAUUGUUCUGUGAUUUCUCAAUAGAUUGGACAAAGAAUUGGAUGUGUCUUGUUUCUUUCUAGUUUUGACAGAUUAGGUAGGUAAGUUGUAAGAGCGUCUAGGUAACGCCAAUGAAUGAAAUGCAAACCAGCAGUGAGAAAAAGACAGCUGUAGAUUGUAGAAUGAAGAGGUGGAAGUUUGUACUCCCUAAUUGUGUGUCGUUUUGUAAUGGGUACGAAUGCAUGCGCUGGUGUUUUCGCAUUCUGGUCACAGAAAUUCUCGUCUUUGGUUGGUUA